UUGAAAAAACAAGCUAGACAAAAUAAAAAAGUAAACAAAAAAAAACUUAAAAUUAAAAUUGUUAAAAAUUCAUAAAAUUAACAUGUUAUCGAGCAAUGUAAUUGGGAAUUAUAAAUUUGUGCUAUUUGUAGAUAACUAUGGUAUAGAACCAAAUUGGAAGAUAAUCUUGAAGAAGCUGUUAGAGGAACAAAACCAAAUUUACAAAUUUUACGAUGAAUUUGAGGAUUGUUUGGAAAAAAGCAGCAUUAUAAUAUCACUGUCAGAGCUGGAAUUAAAGUCUACUGAUAAUGUUUAUGAAAACAUAUUUAGAAAAAUUCAAGAGCUCAAAUCCAGUGAUAAUGUGUUGCAAAUUUUCGGAUGGAUUUGCAUUAAGAAUGUUCAGAAUAAGAUUCUUGUUCCAUUUCUGGAGCAUAUGAGUAAUUUAAUAGUUACAAUUAACGAUAGUGAGCACAUGACAAUUGUUUCAAAGAAUAAAUCUGGAAGUAUGAAAUCAAAAGAUUUUAUUCAUGAGUUGAGUUUGGGAAAAACUUCGGUUCAGGAAUCUAAAAAAGAGAAUAUUCAAUCGAUAGUACUGGAAAUGAAUGUCAAUAAUUUAGGAACCUUCAAAAUAGGUCAAAAAGCAGACGAGCUUGCAGCGAAGAGGAAUCUAAAACUUCCAUUUGAAAUAAUUGAUCUUCCAAAUAAAACAUCAGAGGGAAAAAUAAUUUAUACACCAGACAGUACAGAUGAUUUUGACGAAGAGGACGAUCCAGAUAAUGAUUUACAAUUUUAAACUUUCUGUCAUUGAGUCAUCAAUAAUAUUAAUAAAAGUCGUUUUUAUAGGCUUUAUUCAGUUCAGAAAAAAAAGAAACAGUAUAAAUAAAUGAAAUAAGUAUGUUGGACUACUAAAGAAUUUAUAAAUCCAGAACAUGCAUUUCAGUCUGAAAGUCUUUUACUGAUUUUUUACCAUACUGAAUUUUAAAAGUAAAAAAUUUCAAAGAACAAUAAUAGCUGAAUGAACUCCGAAAAAAAAUAGUUGCCAUUUAACUGGAAGUAUUUAUCACAAGAUGUUCAAUUGAUGUUAAAUGUUUGUAAUGCGUUAAAAAUGUAGAUAUGAAUAUUGUAACACUUGAAUUAAAUUCAUGUUCAUAUUUAACAUGAAUUGUAUUUAUCGCUAUGAUGACGAACCAUCAAAAUUUCCAUAAUCUGUUAAUAAUUCACUUUUGGGGUCAGGAGACAUGGAACUCCAAAGUGAUUUUUUGCAUUCAUUAAAUUUAACAAUAUUCUUUGAUGUUAGAUAACUUGGGCCAAAAUUACCCAAAUAUGUUCCUAUUAUAUCCCUAAUAUUUUUCUGAUUGUACGAUAUGCACGUGUCUUUUAUCAAAUAAAAAUUUGCUAUCAACUUAUCUAAGUGAUGACUUGAAUUUAAAUCUUUGGUCAUUGUGUUAUUGAAACUCGGAAUUACGAGAAAUUUGGUGAGUCCAAUGAGUGACUUUUUCUGCAAAAUUUUGACUGUCCAAAUACCGCUCAUUAAGGGAUGCUUUAAAUUAGAUUUGGAAAAAUUAAUUGAUGUUACUGUGAUGUCUUCUAUAGUCAUUUCUCCUAUAUCCUCAACUUUAUCAUCAGGAUUUGUCCAAACGACAUUCAAUGUGAUUGUAGAGUUUUCAACUUGUGAUGUACUUGAUAGUUUCAUAAUUAAACAAGGCUCUGAAUAUUGAGAGAUAAUUCUCGGAAAAUUUCUUGACAUUUGUUCCUAGACAGAUUUAUGUUAAAAUAUUUUAAACCACUAUAAUAUAAACUAAAUUACCUUUUGAUCAAAAUCGGUGCUAACAUCUAAUUGCAUAAUCUUUUUUGCUAUUUUGUUUGAUUUUGAAACCUGCGCGUGUUGAUUAUUUGUACGGCACCAUGUUUCAACUUCUAAAGUAAUAUUUUCAUUAAAUCUCGCUUCAUGCCUUAUAAGAAAUCCUUUGUAGACAUCUAAGUCAAAAUAGUCAAUAAUCUCAAGUACUUUUCCAGGCUCAUAAAAUUGUUGAAAUGAAUUAGAUUUUGAAUUGAUACGUAUUAAACUACUUCCAAGAACUAAAAGUGCUUGAUUCGACGAGGAACUUUUAUCUUUAUGAUGAUAAAGACUUUGCCAAUAGCUAUUUAAAUUUAAGUAGCCAUCAGUAUAUGGUCCAAAAAGCCAUUCCUCUAA